ACAGAUUUGACUUCGCCAUGUCAACAAACUUCAAAAUUCGUAAAAGUUUAUCGAUUUUUACAGCUAUACGCGGGUGCCUCUGAGAGAAAAAAUUGGCCAAAAUGCACAUAAGGUCAUUCCGAAUCUCCUAAAAUUGGAGCGACAUGCGUGCUAAUUUGUGGACGUGCAUAAACAAUAUUCACGUACACACACACACACACACUAACAUCCUCUGUUUUAUAGAUAUAGAGAUGUUCGUUUUGAGAAUCAUUUCUUAGCAGCCGACAUAUAAUUGUAUACUAUAAAACUGUAAUUAAGUUAGCUUAAUUAAUCUUAGCAGUCACCAUGUGUAAGCAAUGCUCAUAAUCAUAUCUGCUGUAUAUUGGUUAAAAAGCUUCCAUUCUCACCGACACGUUUUGUAGCGGAGAACAAGAUCGAUAUGAUAGGGUUUUCAAAACCCUAUCAUAAGUCUGCCAAAAUAUCUCGGCAGAACUUUUGAGAGUUGACAGAGAAAGACUCGGAAUCUGCAAACAUACUUGUUAUUAGGUCAGCCACAACAGUGACUUCUGACUUGUUAGAUGAAGCGAAACAUCUGAAAUUGGUUGUUCGAGCUGGGACUGGCAUUGACAAUGUCAAUAUUGAAGAAUGUUCCAAACGUGGUGUUCUUGUAAUGAAUACUCCUAUGUCAAACACACUGAGUGCCACAGAACAUACAUGUGCUUUAAUUAUUGCCCUCAGCAGGCAUGUUCCUCAAGCAGCCAAAUCUAUGAAAGAAGGUUUGUGGGACCGCAAAAAAUAUAUGGGUACUGAGUUGUAUGGCAAAACUCUUGGAAUUAUUGGUUUGGGUCGUAUAGGCAGAGAAGUUGCAAAACGUAUGCAGUCUUUUGGUAUGAAGACUGUUGGUUUUGACCCAAUAGUAACAGAAGAAGAAGCUCUGAAGUGCAAUAUUACGAAAUUAUCUCUUGAAGAAACACUUCGCUUGUCCCAUUAUCUCACAGUUCAUACCCCAUUGAUUCCCCAAACCAAACAUCUGAUAAACUCUCAAACCCUGUCAUCCUGUCCUAAGGGAGUAAAAGUGGUAAACUGUGCACGUGGUGGAAUAAUCAAUGAGAAGGAUUUGCUUUCAGCUUUAGAAUCCGGUCAGUGUGGAGGGGCAGCACUUGACGUCUUUGAGCAGGAGCCUCCCACAAAUUCCAACUUAAUUCAGCAUGAGAAGGUGAUCUCUACUCCACAUCUGGGAGCUAGCACUGUGGAAGCUCAGAAACGGUGUGGAGAAGAUGCAGCACGGCAAAUUGUUAACUUUGUGCAAGGUGUUGACUACACUGGAGCUCUCAAUGGUUUUGGCAUUAUGAAUGCUUUUGACCCAAAGAUUCAACCUUGGAUGUCUUUAGCUUAUAAUUUUGGAAUCAUUAUUUGGAAAUACAUUGAAAAGUUUCUUAUGACUUCCUUCCAAGAUGUGAAACUUGCAGUCAAUUUAAAAGGUUGUGGACUAAAAACUGCUAAAGACAGUAUCAUUGGUGCUUUUUAUACUGGUAUCUUGAAAGAAAAUAACAGAAAUGUUAAUCUGGUGAAUGCUUUCAAGAUCUUUGACCAGAAUAAAAUGGAUGUUCAAGUGAAUUAUGAAGAAUCUACAGCAGUCUUUUUUUCUGUUGAUAUUAUAUUGAAAGAAACGGUUGUGUGGAAGAUUGGUGGAACUUCACAAGGGCAUAACCCAACACUGCUCUAUAUUGGGAACAAUUCUCACCUAACAUGCCCUUUGACACUGAAAGACACUUUCUUAUUUUUCCCAAUCAGUAAACAAACUGAAAUCAUUGAACAGUUAAUUCAGAAACAAGAUGUGUGUGGAAACUCUUUGUCUUCUAUAAUAAUGCCACAUGAAAAGAAAAAUGAAAGCUGGUGUGUUAUUACUGCUCAUGGGAAGCUGGAUGCUCCUGAAUCUGGAAAAGGUUUUGAAAUGUGUUUCCAAGUCUCAGUCUCUCCUCUCUCAGAAGUAUUACCAUUUUAAACAUUUGACAUGGAAUUAUUUGAGAAUUUUAUAAACAAAUGUCAUUAAAGUUAUUUGCUAUAUUAUAA